AUGCUCGUCAGAGACACCUUCACCACGGCGUUUGUGAAGAACUUUAUUGUGGUUUUGGUCUGGCUUGUCCUCAGUUACAUCAAUGGCAGUUUGGUUGCCACCUUUUUUAGACACCAGACUUUUUAUGAAGACCCUCGCUACAUCCUCUUCAUCCACAUGGUGAUGAAUGACGGCAUCCAGCUGACCGUCACAAUCACACUCUUUGUCCUCAGCUACAUCUUCUACAAGAUUAACGUCUCUUUCUGCUGCUUCUUUAUCCUGGUGGCAGUCUUCACCACCAGAAACACUCCGGUCAACUUAGCUAGCAUGGCCAUAGAGCGCUACAUUGCCAUUUGCAACCCUUUACGCCACCCCCAAAUCUGCACAGUGAGAAGGACUUAUAUCAUCAUAGGGUUGAUAUGGUUUAUAUGUGUGGCUCCAGACAUUACAGAUCUAUUUGUGACGCUAGCAACUGAGUCCAUGAGUUUCUUUCAUGAGUCGGUGUUCUGCUUGCGGCAGAAUGUGUUUAAAGACCCAAUUCUGAAAUACAAAAGACAAGCCUUUGAUAUCAUCUACUUCUCCUGUGUGUUUCUGACUCUGGUCUUCACCUAUUUGAGGAUCCUGUUUGCAGCCCGGGCCCUCUCUACAGAGAAGAUGUCAGCCCAGAGAGCCAGGAACACCAUCCUGCUCCACGGGGUCCAGCUAGCAAUGUGCAUGCUCUCCUACAUCUCCCCCAGUGUGGAGAUCAUUCUACGUCUAAUCUUCCCUGGACGAAUCCUAGAAAUCAGAUUUGCAAACUACCUGAUUGUCUACAUCCUGCCAAGGUUCCUCAGCCCAAUAAUCUAUGGUGUGAGAGAUAAAAAGUUCAGGAAGUACCUCAAGAUGUACCUUCUCAGCAAGAGGUGCAGGGUCAAACUGCAGACAGUGGCGCCUGUGGACAGAGAUGAGAUGAAUAAAGUAAGAGGAAUUAAAUAA